AUGUUUGACCGAGAGACCAGAGAGCGUAUGUUGAAUGCUUUCAUGAAGCAUUCCCCACCUCACUACAAAGGUGGAAGAGUCCCCAUUGCAGGACUUGAGUGGCUCAUGGAGAUGGAGCGUAUUUUUCAGGUUAUGGAGUGUGAUGCCAACACGAAGUUUCUGUAUACUGUGUAUAUGUUACAAGCAGACGCAACAGAUUGGUGGAACAAUGUCAGGCACCCACUUGAGUGCCAUGGGUAUGCCAUUACUUGGCCAGUUUUUGAGAGGCAUUUUCUAAUGAAAUACUUCCCUGAAGAAUAUAGGGAAAAGAAAAGAAUUGAAUUUGAAGACCUCAGACAGGGAGGCAUGACAGUGGAUGAGUAUCUGAGCAAGUUCAACAGAUUAGCAAAGUAUUCUUGCUAUGGUAGAGCUCCUCUCACUCCAGAAGACAAAGCCUUCAGGUUUAAAAAGGGCUUGAACGGUAUGAUAGUUGAUAAGCUGGCUGACCAUUACACCAGAGACUUUGUGGAAUUGAUUAAGCAAUGCCAGGAUAUUCAGGAAUACUGUCGUACCAGAGGUAAGGAAGCAGCUGGGAAGAGCUUCAGUGGGAGGACUAUGCCUUGGAAGGGUAAGGGAAAAUGUUUGCAGGUACAACAGAGUAACAAGUUUAAGAAGACUCCCUUUGUGAAGAAUGGAAGCGGCAGGCCUGGUGUAAGGAAGAUCCCGACUUGUGCCAAGUGUGGGAAGGUACAUCCAGGUGUUUGUAGACUUGGGCAGAAUGUUUGUUUCAGUUGUGGGCAGGCUGGACAUUUCUCUAGGGAGUGCCCUUAG